AUGUCAUCAAAGCGCCUUCGCGUUGUUUUUAUUGCGGCUAUUACUACACUCUUUUUCUUCUACUUUCAAAGCCAAACAGGAGAAAGAACAUCAUGGCUAUCACAUGCCGAAAAGAACGUUGACUGGUCACGUUUCGCAUACACACAAUAUGUCACCAACAGCCAGUAUUUGUGUAACUCACUUAUGUUCUUUGAAGCUUUGAAGCGUCAUGGAAGUCGACCGGAUCGUGUUAUGAUGGUCCCAGAAAGCAUGCUCGAGCCAGAGAUGGUCAACUCAAGCGAUGCGUAUCUGUUGAACAAAGCGCGUGAAGAGUAUAGCGUCAAGCUUGUUCCGAUUACCAUUCAGACCAACUGGGCAGGCGACGCUACGUGGGCAGACUCAUACACCAAGCUUCUGGCAUUUAACCAGACUAAUUACGAUCGUGUGCUGUCCAUAGAUUCAGAUUCUCUUCUGCUACAAGCAAUGGACGAACUGUUCUUCCUGCCAGAUGCACCUGUGGCUAUGCCUCGAGCAUACUGGAUAUCUCCCGAGAAAGUCCUUUCCUCACAACUCAUGCUCAUCCAGCCUUCGGAGAUAGAGUUCUCCCGAAUCAUGGAAAGAGUACAAUCAGUGAAGUCUGGCGAGUAUGACAUGGAAAUUGUCAACCAGUUGUAUGGCGACAGCGCCUUGAUCUUUCCCCACCGCCGCUACGACCUCCUCAGUGGAGAGUUCCGCAACGACAAGCAUGCGCAGUACCUUGGUUCAGAGCUGGGAACCUGGGACCCUGCUGCGGCGUAUAGCGAGGCUAAGCUAAUUCACUUUUCGGAUUGGCCGCUACCGAAACCCUGGAAGCCUAUGCUUGAGGAAGAUAGACUUGCAGCACAACCAAAUUGUACACAAACGACAAGCGGGGAAGAGGAUUGUACCGCGAGGAUAAUCUGGAACUCGCUGUAUUCUGACUUUAGAGCGAAGCGAAAGAACAUCGUCCAGAAGCUCCAGGAGCUUCCUGUUCCUCAGUGUCCUACCAAGCAAUACACCACAGGCUCCCAGAUUCUUGAGAUUAUUGACAAGGCAAAGCCCCACCGCAAAGUUGAGAUUGAGAACGACCCUAACGAUGAGGACAAUGAUGUUAUAGGGCAGGUCUGCUGGUCUAAAAUCCGGAAGUCCCCUGUCUUGGAGGAAAACUUCUGGCCUAGCAUCCGAAAACACAUCCUCGCCGAUGAUCCCGACGCCAUACCCAUUAAAGCCAUAUGUACCAUCUGCUGGGAUGAACUUCGAGUAACAUGUAUCUCCCCCGAUGACAAACACGACUUCGGUUUUUUUGCGCCUUGCGGCCACAUCAUGUGUCGUGUAUGCUGGCCACGCGAGUAUAACCCGUCGCACUCUCCCUUUCAAGACUGCCGAUUGUGA